CGGGGCGUUUCCGAGUGGCACCCUUCCGGCGCAGCUCACCGGCCUCUUUCCCGGAGUGUCGGCGCCGCCCAUGGCCGAGAUGGUGGAGCCCGAUCCCGGGGCAGCAGAGGGCUCGGAGGCCCUCGCAGAGACGCCGGGCUGGGAAGCCCCGGAGGACGCGAGUCCCCAGCCUGGAAGUUAUGAGAUCCGACACUACGGACCUGCGAAGUGGGUCAGCACUUCGGUUGAGUCUAUGGACUGGGAUUCGGCCAUGCAGACUGGCUUCACAAGGCUGAACGGCUACAUUCAAGGCAAAAACGAGAAAGAGAUGAAAAUAAAGAUGACAGCUCCAGUGACAAGCUACGUGCAGCCCGGUUCAGGUCCUUUUAGUGAGUCUACCAUUACCAUUUCCCUGUAUAUCCCCUCUGAACAGCAAUCUGAUCCCCCCAGGCCUUCAGAGUCAGAUGUCUUCAUUGAAGACAGAGCUGAAAUGACGGUGUUUGUACGGUCUUUCGAUGGAUUCUCUAGUGCCCAAAAGAAUCAAGAACAACUCUUGACAUUAGCAAGCAUUUUGAGGGAAAAAGGAAAAGUUUUCGAUGAAAAGGUUUACUACACCGCAGGCUACAACAGUCCUUUCGAAUUGCUUGAUAGAAAAAACGAAGUGUGGUUGAUUCAGAAAAAAGAACCCUCCAAAGAAAAGGAAUGAGAAAAUGAGAGGAAGGUCCAUUGCCAGGGGCAAAACUUCUGUUUAACAUAGACGUCAACAUUACCCAUAAGCAAAAUGUGUCUAGU